AUGGCCCUUCGAAGUGCAUUGCUUCGUAUCCUGCGGUGGCCUAUCAACUCGUCUCUCUUUGCCUGUCUGCGUAUCCUACCCAAGCAACGAACCUGGCACAUAGUACGGAGCAGCUAUAACGCUGGGAAGCGCCGACUGGCCAUCCACACCGUUGCAUUCGGAGCAGCAAGGCUUGAUCAAGAGUGGUGGGCUUUGGCGGACAGGUUGAAAGGCCGGCUUUAUUCGUGCAUCGCAUGGGCAUGGAUAAUGGGCAAGACGAUCCACGGCCGAGUCUUCGACCUUUACAGAACAGUUGGUGGUGACGCUGACGGUGACAAGGCGAGCCUGACAGCCAAUCUCCGCCGAACAAGGAGGAACAGGGCCGCAUGCGCAUCGCAAGAGUCAGUCAGUCAGAAUGUCAGCCAGGUUUAG